UCGAGUAUUUUGAUCCGCUCCAUUCGGGGAAGAGAAAGAGUCAUGGAGUCGCCGGAGUGCCCGGUUUGUCUGGAGCCGUACGACGAGAGGUCCACGGUGCCCCGUGUCCUCGCCUGCGGCCACUCCGUCUGCGAGCAGUGCAUCGCCGCCCUACCCACGCCGCUCUCCGCUCUCCCCGAUGCCGUCCGCUGCCCCGCCUGCAACCAGGUCGUCCCCUUCCCCCGUUCCCUCGGCUACGAUGCGCUUCCCAAAAACAUCGACCUUCUCCGCCUCAUCUCUUCCUCCUCUUCUCACCCUCUGUUCCCUUCUUCCGCGUCCGAUGCCAAAUCCAAACCGUCUUCUGCUCUGGAGUUUUCCCCCCUGUCCGGGGACCAACGCCUCCUCUACUCUACCUGGAAAUAUACAAUCUUGCCUCCGGACGCCAUCUCUCCCGUUCCCGCUGAAGGUACAACGGCCGAGCUUUUGGUGGCAACCAUGUCCUCGCCUCUCGGCGGUCCCUGGUUCUCGUCCACGAAUCAGCUCGUGAGUCUUCUGCCAAUCGUUACGGCCUCGUCUUCGUCUAAAGAACCUGGAUGGUUUCGUCUCAGUUACACGGCGAGCGUGGUGGAGGCUAUGCAUGAAUUGGGAGAUCGGGUGAGAGACGAACUGCGUUUUCUUGCGGAGGCCACCUGGAAGGAAAGACGGGGCCUUUGUAGGGUUUACGGGUUCUGGAUGAACCCGGAAAAAGAAAGAUCUAAUCUUUACUUGGUUUCUGAAAGCUUUGAUCGAACCCUUUCAGAUGUUUUGAAAAAGAAGAGGAAGCUUAUUUUAUCUGGAGGGAGUGUUGAGAACUUUCUUGCAUUUGGGAAGACGAGUUUGGACCUAUGUGAAGCAGUGAUGGGUUUGCACUCGCAGGGCAUCAUCUGUGGUUGCUUGAUGCCUUCCUGCAUCUGUUUCGAUGAGUCUGGACAUUGCCUUAUUGAUUUAAACAAAGUUUUGCUAACAGGAAGGCAAAUUUGGCAAGCUGUCAGUUCUUGUGCACCCAAUGGAGGAGGGGAUAACUAUGGCGAGGCCGAGAACCAAGUGUUUAUAAGCCCUGAAGUACUUCUUCAGGUGUAUGAUGAGGAUGCCAGCAAUUGUGGAUUUAAAGGUGCUCUUGGAUAUGGCUCGGAUGUGUGGUCAUUGGCCUGCAUCUUAGUCAUACUUGUUACUGGUGAUGAGUUGCCUGCAACACAGGUACUCAAUGGUUGGUUUUGUGUCUUUGAUAAAGGGAAACACGAGAAUUUUGUUGAAUCAUAUGAUGCAUGGAAGGUGAUAGUGGUCUCUAAGUUGGAAAUGUUUUUGCUGGGCACUCAAUUUGAACCGUUGCUUCAUAUUCUCACAUCAUGUUUGAGUUAUGAGGUGCAAAACCGACCUCAAGUAUAUGAUAUUUGGCACUGCAUUCAGCGUCCUUUUGUAGAAAAUUUUCUUUAUGAUCUUCAUCCUUGGGAUGGACUUGUAGCAAAAGAUACUUUCUUAUGCUGCUUAGUUCUUGGGAAUUUGUUUUCCUUACAUAAAAAUUCCCCAAAUGUUUCCCCAAGGGAAGUGAACUCAAGUGUUUCUAAGAAUGUUUCAGAUGUUGCAAUGAUAGGGAGCAAUGUUUCCGAUGGGGAGCAUUUGCAGCAGGAGAAAAUUGAUGGAGACUUUGUCAAAGGGCUGUAUGGAGGUCACUUGAAAUCUGUGUCUCUUCAGGGCCACAAGGAUUGUGUAACUGGGUUGGCUAUUGGCGGGGGCUUUCUGUUUAGCUCUUCAUUUGACAAGACAAUCAAUGUGUGGUCCUUGCAGGACUUUUCUCAUUUUCAAUCUUUAAAAGGCCACGAACACAGAGUGACGGCUUUACUUGUUUCGGAUGAUGGAAACAAGCCAUUUUGCAUAAGUGGUGACAGUGGAAGUGGUAUUUUCCUUUGGAGCAUUGGUCCAUCUCUCGGUCAAGAGCCAUGGAAGAAAUGGUAUGAGCAUAAUGAUUGGCGUUAUAGUGGCAUUCACUGUUUGGCUGUUUCAGGAACAGGAUACCUCUAUAGUGGUAGUGGAGACAAGUCUAUAAAAGCUUGGUCCAUGCAGGAUUACUCCCUUUCAUUCACCAUGGUUGGCCAUAAAUCAACGGUAUCUUCUUUGGCAGUUGCUAAUGGUUUUCUUUAUAGUGGAAGUUGGGAUGGUACCAUCAGAUUAUGGUGGCUCCAUGACCACAGCCCCCUGGCAGUUUUAGGGGAUGAGGCACCAGGAAAUUCAACCCCUAUUUUAUCGCUUUCAGUCAAGAGCAAUUUGCUUAUUUCAUCCCAUGAAAAUGGAGUUCUAAAGGUGUGGAGUAAUGAUGUGCUUGUAAAAUCGGAGCAAAUUCAGGGUGGUGCAAUUUUUGCACUUUACAUUGACAGAGGUUCAAUUUUCGCUGGAGGAUGGGAUAAAACCAUCCACAUACAGGAGUUGUCAGAAAAUGAACUAGAAGCAGACAUUGGUACUAUUGCUUCCAUCAAUUGUGACUCAGUUAUAACUUCUCUUUUGUACUGGCACGGGAGACUUUUUGCCGGAUUCUCCAAUAAGGAAAUCAAGGUGUACUACAAUCCUAUAUGAUGAUCGAAUUAUCUGAUCUGCCUCAACAAUUUUGUUAAGUGCAUGCUUGCUAAGACAUGAAAACACAAAAAAGUAUAUCACAUACUAGUGUACAUUUUGUAUACCAGAAGGUUUAUACCUCCUAUUGGUGGCGAACCAUUAAAUGGUUUGUUUUCUCUCUUGUAAAUAAUAAUAGAGUUUACUCUAAAUAUUCGAUGCUCCUGGAAAUCAGAUGUUUGUCGAAAUGUUACACUUCAGGGUAUCAAGUGCAUGGCUUACAUAAGAUCAUACUGGUUCUGUCCAAUUUCUGCUGCUGUUGGUGUUAUCACAACAUACAACCAUUGAUAGGUUUCAGGAGUCCAUUUCAUCCGUGGAAUUCAUAUAUCAGAUGACCAAGUGCUGAUUUACUUGGACACCACUGAUCUGGUUGAUUCUGAAUUUGGUAAUGCUUGUGAAAGACAAGGAUUGUGACUAUCAGCAGUCAUUUAGGGAUCAGAUAUGAUUUCUUGACUGUUGUAUGAUCAGGUGGAAGCUUCUUAAUUAAAAAUUUAGACUUAAAGACCUUUUCGACAGGGAAACAUGAAUGGAACUGAACCAUUCAAAUCAUCUGGUAUCAUGAUUGCUGCCGUCACCGUGAGGGAAAAUUGACCUUGAGAUCUUUGAAACGAAUAAGUUUGUAUAUGGUUUGCAUUUUGCAGAAUGCUGUAGCAUUUACUGGAUAUGAAGGAGACCCUGCAUGGGAUGGCAUGACAAAGCUAAAGGAAGGACAUCAAGAGCACCAAGUUUAUGCGAGGAAUGCGAAUUAAUGGAAGAUAACUUAGAACCUCAUUUUAAGGUGUGUAAGGAACUGCCUUCGAUGACAAUAAUCAGGUACAAAAUCCAUUUCGACUGGAGUGGCCUGUGUUACUUAAGCAACUCUUUGAGAAUGUAUGGACCUCUUUUGUCGUUUGAAUCUUACACUAGGUCUUUAUCGGUUAA